GGUGCUACCCGUGCUGUUUCCCACUGUUUCCAGUCAAAAGUGCCGUCCGGAACUCCGUACUCGGGAGCACGAGUAUCAAUUUAUACAAGUGGAAUAAAAAGUUCUCACGGCAUUAUUUACAGCGAAACGUAAUUAGUUAUUUCUGGUGAAUCCGCGAAAAGUGCUUCUAGUUAUCGCAGACAAGCGAAGACAGCGCGGGGAUCGAUCGGCAGUUUCUAACCUAACCUAAAAUCGGAGCUACGUGCAAUGGGUCUUGCACGGCAUCUUCAAUUCGCCAGCCGCACGAUCUUCGUUCAAAACAACGACGUGGAGAAGGCUUGUCGCAUAUUAAAUCGCAUACUGUCCAAGGAAGACAUCUUCGGCCAGUACAGGCGCACGAGGUACUACGAGAAGCCGACUCAGGUCAGACGUAGGAUCAACUUCGAGACGUGCAAGUCGAUCUACAACGAGGACAUGGAUAGAAAAAUCAAAUUUCUUCUACGCAAGAACAGAGUAGAUCCUUUUCCCGGUGCGUCGUAAGACUUAUCGAUCCCGUCUUAGAUUACAAUUAGAGUACAAUUGCAAAUCUGUCUACAAACUGGCGCCGUACAAUUUAUUUAAGAAUAAAUCAUUAUCAGAAAUAUAAGAAAACGGACAGCGAUGUUA